AUGGAUGUAAAGCCAAACCACACUAUUUAUAUCAACAAUCUUAAUGAAAAAACGAAAAAGGAAGAGCUCAAAAAGGCUCUUUAUGCAAUUUUUUCUCAGUUCGGGCAGAUCAUUGAUAUAAUGGCAUUCAAAACAUUGAAAAUGCGUGGGCAGGCACAUGUAAUAUUCAAAGAAAUAAGUUCAGCAACGAAUGCCCUGCGUGCAAUGCAAGGCUUCCCGUUUUAUGAUAAGCCUAUGCGCAUACAAUUUGCGCGUGAAGAUUCUGACGUUAUUGCGAAAGCGAAAGGUACGUAUAUUGAUCGUCCAAAAAAGCAUCUUCUUGCUAAACAAGCUGCUGGAGAAAAGCGAAAAAAGACAAGCCAUGUAAAAGAGAAUAAAAAGAUGCGUAUGGACAAAAUCGCUACUGGUAAAACUGAGCUUCCGGAAAAAGCAAAUCCUCCGAAUAAAAUCCUCUUUUGCACAAAUCUGCCUGAAGAAACAACAGAGCAAAUGCUUUCCCUUCUUUUCAAUCCUUACCCUGGUCUGAAAGACAUCAGACGUAUUCCGAAUAGGCCAGAUAUUGCAUUUGUUGAAUUUGAGACGGAAGCCGAAGCAACGUCAGCUCGUUCUGGUUUGAACAACUUUAAGAUAACACCUUCGCAAUCGAUGUAUGUCAAUUAUGCGAACAAGUGA